AUUCAAUCGAGUGCCUUCGAUCGGUUCGUUUAAGCGGUGACGGAAACCACGAGUUCCGUAGCUUGCUUACCUCGGCCUAAAAACUGACCUUGAUUUCUUGGUGGUGGUUGUGCACAUUGCCUUCCAGGGUAAUUUCGCCAUGGAUGUGAAACCCAAUUUCCCAAUGCAAUUCCAGCAGCAGCUUCCGCAGCUACAACAGCAAUCGGAGCCUCAAGCCGCAGCAACUCCAAGUACAAGCGCAGGUCAGCCGGGGGAGGCGCCGCCGAAGCAGGUGGCGAUGGCCGUAGACAGGCUAGCCCAGGCUGCGCGACUAAUUGCUGAUGUGAGGAUCGGCGCUGACCGGCUCCUGGAGGCGUUGUUCUUCGCCGCCCAGUCUCACCAGAGCGACAAGACCUUGCAGUUUUUGCUCAAGGAAGAUGCUAGCAUGCGCCAGCACCUCCAGGACCUGCGCACUGUUGGAAGGCAGCUAGAGGAAACUGGGGUUCUCAACGAUUCCAUGAAAUCUAGGGGCAACUCUUGGGGUUUGCAUAUACCAUUAGUGUGCCCAGAUGGCGCAGUUGUUGCUUAUGCGUGGAAACGUCAACUAGCUGGGCAGGCUGGUGCAUCUGCUGUGGACAGAACCAGGUUAGCUCUGAAGGCAUUCUCGGAUCAGAAAAGGAGAUUUUUUCCACACCUUGAUGAUGAAUCGGAAGAUCAAAGUACAGAGCCAGAUUCUAAGAAACCUUGCAGGCCUCCGGCACCGUUAACAAGUCAGCUAGGCGAACUUGGAGACUUCAAAUCUCUCGCUGAUGUUCUAGCUCGUGUGGAAAAGGAAGUCCCCAACGUCAAAGUUCUUAUGUACGAACGCCGCGAUUGGUUGAAACGAGCUUCUUCUUUACCGAGUUCAGGAAAUGAGAAGUCAAUUGAAUCAUCUAAAGAGCAUAGUUUUCACAGUUUAAAUAAAAUGCGAGCAGGACCACAGAGUGCAGGUGCCUCUGGAAGGACUUCUGUUAUUGAAAUAUCGUUUCCUUGUACCUUGAGAGCUGUAGUAUCGUUGCAUCCUGCCGGUUCCAUUAAUCCAGAUGCAGUUGCAUUCUUUUCCCCGGAUGAGGGAGGCAGCUACAUGCAUGCCAGAGGUUCUUCCAUCUAUCAUGUCUUUAGACACAUCACGGAGCAUGCCGGUAUAGCUCUGCAGCAUUUUCUUGGAGUCAGGAGCGAAACUGCUUUAUACUUUCUUCUGAACUGGAUAUGCAGCUACCAGACAUUAUUUUCCAAAGUUUGCGGUAAAUGUGGGAAGCUAUUAUCAAUGGAUCGAAAAACAUCGACAAUACUACCUCCAGUCCGUCGUUCUUUCCGACAAUUCUACCCUGUUAGAGAAUCGCCAGCUGAAACCACUUCAUCAACCAAGGACCAAGUUUUCGAGAUCCCGGGAGCUUAUCAUAUGGGAUGCUAUACGGACGAGUUGUAGUUUCGAUUAGGUAUUAUACUAGGACCAAUGCAAAUGUUAAUGACAUACCCUGAUCCUCCUAUCUUCUUUCCUUGGGAUUUAGUCAUUUUGACCACGAGGACAAAUAUGUUUCUUCUACUUCUAAUUCCAAUAGUUUGCUAGGCAAUGUUUAAACAAACCAUCAUCUGCGGAAAAGUCCACUUGCUGAUUUGGAGCCCUUGACCUUGUUCACAGUUAAAGCUCGAAACAAAAGGAAUUUCAAUCUA